GAAGAAGAAGAAGAAGAAGAAGAAGAAGAAGAAGAAGAAGAAGAAGAAGACUCAUAACUGAUUAGUGAUUUGCGAAGAUCGAAGAUGGAUACGGUUUUGUUGUUAUCUUUUAUCCACCAAUUUUUUGAGAUGGAGGACGAGAUAGAGCGGGAGUAUCGUCGGCAUCUGUCUGCUCGGAGGAGGAGGAUGUUCUGUCGGCGCCUUUGCAGAGGACGACCUGCUCGGGCCCAUCAUUACUGCAUAAUUAAUGCCACCGUGCCAGUCCUCCAGAGGUAUUUUGCAGACGAGGACACCCGCCCUGACUUUCGGCUGGGCAGGGAGGCCAUCCAGCAGCUCCUAGUGGCGCUGAAGACAGAGAGGCAUCAUGGAUGGGGGUCAACUCUGGAGACCCUGGUUUUUUUGUUUUGGAUUGCCAGUGGCUCCGCUUACAGAGUGGUCUCCAGUGUGUUUGAUGUGCCUCUGCCGUCCGUUCACCGCAUUGUCCACAGGAUGGUGGAUGAGGUGGUGGCCGUCUUGCCCCAGUUUGUCCGUCUCCCACGCGUUGAGGACUUGCAGGUGGUUGGUGAGGGUUUUGCCCGGUUGGCUCACCACCAAGCCUUUAGCAAGGCAGCUGGGGCAAUUGACGACUGCCACAUCCGAAUGAAAUGCCCAGGUGGCCCUGAUGGUCAAGACUACUGCAACAGGAAGCUGUUCCCUUCAGUUGUGUUGCAGGCCGUCUGUGACCAUCAGGCACGCUUUAUUGACAUUUUUGUGGGUUACCCAGGAUCCGUGCAUGAUGCAGGGAUUCUUAAGAACAGCCCCAUCUACACUAGGGGGACUUACCCUCCACCAGGGUAUUUCAUCCUAGCUGAUGGUGGCUCCCCAUGUCUACAGGAACCCCUGGCCCUUAUCACACCAUAUAAGAGGCCAGUGAGAGGCAUGGCAGAACAACGGUUUAAUUACCAUCACUCCAGGGGUCACUCAAUCAUUGAGCGGGCCUUUUGGGUGCUGAAAACCCGCUUCAGGAGCAUCUUUUUAGAAGCACUUGAAGUACAUCCUAAGUUUGUCCCCAAGGUUGUGACAGCCUGUGUAAUUUUACACAAUAUAUGUGUCGGGGUUGGGGAUGACCUACCUCCAGAAGAUGCCGCCCUGAAGGAGGACAACCAGCCACCUGCUGCGCAUGAAGGUGGUGGGGAGAGUGAGAGGGGAGCAGCAUGGCGUACGGCCCUUGUCAACGAGGUGUCCGCACUUGCUGUUGCUCCACUGGACUAUGACUAUUUUGCACAGCCUUGAAAAAGUCCUGGAGGAUAAGCAGCCAUAAGAAAAUCAUAAAAUCACCAUCACCAAUUCUGCCUACAGGUGGGAGAUGGACCACCUGGUGACCUGGUGCAGGGACAACCACCUGGAGCUCAACACUCUCAAGACAGUGGAGAUGGUUGUGGACUUUAGGAAGAACGCAGCCCCACCCGCCCCCAUCACUCUGUGUGACUCCCCAGUAACUGCUGUGGAGUCUUUCCGCUUCCUGGGCACCAUCAUCGCCUAGGACCUCAAAUUGGAGCAGAACAUCUGCUCCCUCAUCAAAAAAGCCCAGCAGAGGAUGUUCUUCCUGAGGCAGCUGAAGAAAUUCAACCUGCGAAAGACAAUGAUGGCGAACUUCUACACCUCCAUCAUGGAGUCCAU